UUACUGACCCACACUAAAAAAAAUAAACGUUCGUGUAAAACUGAAUCAAAUUUUGAUAGGUUAAAGUAAUACUUUAUAGCGAUAUGUGUAUGUUUACAGAAUGUCAAGGUGGUACUUUUGGACCCGGAUGUCAGUCAAAGUGUAGUGAACGACACUGUAAAGGAGACAGCUCAUCUUGUGAUGCUCAGAAUGGAACAUGCCAACAUGGCUGUCAGCCCGGAUGGAAGAGUCGAAGUUGUAAUAUUCCAUGUGACAGUGGAUCCUAUGGUGCUGACUGUAAGUUUAACUGUUCACAAAGACACUGCCAAGUGAGUACGACGAGCUGUAACAGUGUCCACGGUUCCUGUGAAGGUUUGUGCCAGGACGGCUGGAUAGGAGUUGACUGUGCAGGAUUCUGCUCCAUACAGUAG